UAGAUAGCGUCUUCAAGGGCUUUCUAGCCUUUCAGGGCGAAGAUUCCGGGUUGGAGGAGGUCGGUUUGGCCCCAGCGGUAUUAACUGGAGGCGGCCCGCGUCUAGAUACGCCGGUUUUGCUUGGCAAACCCGACGGUGUUCACGUGAUCGUUUUCUGGGAGGAUGACGAUUAAAAGUACGAAAUCGAUCGCAAGCUGCUUGUUGCCUUCGAUGGUGAGGCCCAGUUGCCAUUCGAAUCCCAGAAUGACCUUCAAGCAUAGGCGCGUCCAUCUCUCAGCAGACACGCGGAAUGUGAAUCGAUAGAAAUUUGACCACCCUCGAGAUUCCCCCCGGACGAUGGUUCACUCUAGUAAUCACCGUCCUCAUCCGGAGCUUGUUCUGUUUGAAUCAAAACAAUAACAUUACGCGAAAUGUCAUGUCAAAGUCAGAGCUGCCAGUUGAUGACAUUUCGAUCUGUCAUUUUUGACAGUGAACCGGUCGUGCCGAGGGGUCAUAAAAAGGUUGAGUCAUGGUUCAGAGCCCACUGUGUAGUCUUUUAUUAGUCUAUGAUGUCACCCUCUCUGACGGUUGUUGCCCAGAGGUCUAAAUGCGACGAGCGCAAAUUUAUUGGGCCUAAUAAGUUAAUAAAUUCUACCCGAGCGCAUCAGUCGGUGUGCUGAGCUGUAGUCAACCAGGAGCACCUACUGAUUUUGGAACCAUUCAUAAUGUCCAAAGUGGUUGUGGCUCUGGCAUUUUUGCUGAUUUACACCGGUUUAGGAGCUUGCAAAAAUGUUCCUAAUAUAGAAGCAAAUCUUGGGGCUGUAGCUGGAGCAAAAUGCCAAGACUUUCCCCUAGUUGCCGGCGGGUCUGAUCAAGUGUUUAAAGGUAAAGCAGCGUCAAUCGUUAACUUCCCGUACAUGGCCGCACUGGGGUCGAAAGCUUUAGACAACGAAGAGAUUAAAUUCCACUGCGGAGCUAGUCUCAUUUCGUUCGAAUUUCUAUUGACAGCUGCCCACUGCGUCACAAAAAAUGUAAAAACAACGAUUGCUCGUUUUGGGGUUGAGAAACUAUACAACUUUGCCAACGAUAAACCGGUUGAUAUUGUGAUCCAGAACAGUAUUGUACAUCCAGCUUCGACCAUAAAUGAUAUCGCACUUGUGCAAUUGGAAAGGUCGAUCUACGAAGAUUACAUUCAUCCCAUUUGUCUAUACACCAACCCAGAAGAUCCGACACCGGAUAUUGAUCUAACGAUUGCUGGUUGGGGUCAAAUCGAUCCAAACCAUGAUCCCGUGACUCCGGCCGUACUACGAAUGGGACAGAUGAACGUGUGGCCACUGGAAAAUUGCACUGAAAAGAUUAAGGAACUACGACCGAGACACCAUAGAGAUAUUCAACGCCUUGAAGGAAAAAUGUGUGCUCUAAAAACAAAUUCUACCGGUCACACACUAGUCGAUUCCUGCUUUGGGGAUUCCGGAGGACCGUUGGCACUUGAGAAAAACGGCAGGCGUUAUCUUGUCGGAGUGAUUUCGACGGGGUUUGAAUGUGGUACCAGUGGACAACCUGGAUUCUACACGCGAGUGUCUAGCUAUAUCAAUUGGAUCGAGGAGAAUGUUUGGCCGGAAGACAAGCGGGGUUUUGAAACAGAUUCUCCUGAAAAUUAAAUCAGAACUGAUGAUGCGAAACUGAUUUGUAUCGUAUAUAUUUACAUAUUUUUGACAGAGCCAGUGGCCGUAACGUCCAAUUCAGCUCAUAUUUAAAAUUUAGACUCAGUACGAACACUGGGACAAGUCCCUGAAUGCCUGCUAAAAAGUCAUAUUUGUUACAUACAUUCUUUUGAUUUAGUGUAGCGUUUUUAAGAUUCUUUCGUUAACAGCUUUUUCUAAAUGGUUUGAUCAGAAAUUUAUUAACUAGGGGAAUGACAUGUGUGAUCGAAAAAGGAUCUAAGGUUUGAUUGAACGAUAGUAGAAAAGUCAAUUACUUUUUAGAAUCAAUAACUAAACUUUCUAUAAUGUCGUACUCUCGGAAGAAAAUAACACUGCCUACCAUUCAUACAUUGAAGAACUUGCUGUUGAUUUUAAAUACAU